UAAAGAGGGAAAGAUUUUGGAUAAGGAUGACUUCUUUUCUUUUCUCCUUUUUCUUUCUUUCUUUCUUCUUCUCCAGCCCGAUUCUGCUCUUCUUCUCAUUUCUUCCCGCUGCAGCCACCCGAAGAAAAAAAGAAAGAGAACCCAGCCAUGCCUUGGAAAAAUUGGUAAGGAAGCUUGGUAUUUUCCCCUUCCUUUCUUGUUCUAGAAUCCAUAUAGAACCCAGAAAUCUCUCCCCCUCUGCUGGAAAAUCCGGAUCUGCCUUGCUCUGUCCGCCGGCUGCUUUUGUUGUGGGGGCAAAUUGCUUGGGUUUUGGCCCGUGAGCUUUCUUCUUUCAUGCCGCCGGCUUUCCCCAAUCUGCAGCCCCGGUUUUAGCUGGAGAAUUAUGGUAUGUGACAGCCUUUUAAGGUUUAAUUUAGCCAUUUAUUGCUGCCUUGUGUGUGUCCGAAAUUCUGCAGAAAAUGGGGAUAAUUCCGGUAGCUUUAGGAUAAAGUUUAAGCAUUGAUUCAAGUGGAAUUUGUGUGAUUGAGUGUUAAUUGCUUGUUGUGAUUUUUGGAGAGAAAAUCCCGUGAGAUUAGCUAGUGUUUUGGCCAAUUUGUGGGGGUGGAGUUACUGUUCACGCCGGGUACUGUUCACCGGUUAAUGUUCAUACCCCGAGGGCCAACAUUUAACGGGAAUUUAAAUGAUUAGUUUGUGAUAUAAGAACGGAUUUGGAGAUAUUUGAUAAUGUGGAGAUUGAUAGAAAUAGCAUUGUGAUUAGGAAUGAUCCUAAUGAAGUGUUCAAGCUUAGGUUAAAUUAGAUAUCUGGAGAUUGAGUGGUAUAAGAGUUUAAGUAUAAAUUAAGAGCUUAGGUUGAAAUUAAGAGUUUUGGAUUAAAUUAAGUACCUCCAGAUUUAGUGGCAUCAGAGCAGAUUGAGUGAUAUCCGAGCCUAGGUUUAAUUGAAUACCUAGGAUUUGUUUUGGACUUGGCUAGCCAGUGGAUUGUAGAAUCGUGGUGAGACGAGUGAUGGGGUUAUAUAAGGGGCAAUUCUGAUUCAUGUUGCCUGAAUUUUCUCAUCCAUUUCGAUGAGAUGGAUAUUUGAUUGUUCUUGUUUCCUGCCUUUAUAUACCCUAUGUAGAUCCAUGAGAUUAAUCUUGUCCGCCAUGUUCUUGAGACCUUGUUUUGAACUUGGUCAUUUUCUGAUUGUCCGCACUUGUUUAGACUUGUUACGUGAAUAGAAUUUUUGUGUGCUCUUUUGCCACAAUUGUGAAAUCUGGGGAGUUGUAGAGAUCUUUUGUUAUUGAUCUUGUUGGUCUCUACCACAUAGCUGGUUGAGAAAUUUGUUCUGUUUGUCAUAUGACCCGUGGAAGAUGGGUAACCCUCUACAUUAUUGGCAAGCUGUCAUAAAGUUAAACUCUAUUGUUGCCAAUCUCUACAUUCUUGAUAUCUGGAAAUUGCUUGAAACUCUUGAAAUCCAUCUUGAAUCUUUCUUGAGAUUGCUUUAUACUUGUUCUUGAAACUGAAAUCCAGAAAUGGAUAAUGAUUAUUGAGAUCCUCAUUAUCGUGAUACUUAUCUGAAAUUGAUUCUUGUAUUGUUCUUGGAAUCUAUUUUGAGUUGUCCUUGGAAACGUUCUUGUUCUGACACUGGUUCUUGCUCAAAUUCUGUAUACUGCUCUUGCUCAAUUCCGCAUAUUCUGUUAGUUCUUAUGUCAGUACACCUGUUGAUCUUCUUGAUUUUGAUUUUUGUUCAUGGACACCUCUUAGGAGGGGUGACGAUUAUCAGAAGAUACCUAUAUGAGGCAUCCUCAUUCUUGUCUCUUGCAAGUGUUAAAUUCUGUAUUCUUUUAGCUUUGACUUGGCUUUAGGAUGUCUAGGAUGACUUGAUUGUAAAUCUGCUUAGCCUCCAUGAGCUACGAGGUGAAGGGGUAAUCUUUGAAAUA